AUGCAAACGAACGACAUACUUAAUACGAUAAAAAGAUUUGAUGCUUACCCUAAAACGCUUGAAGAUUUUCGAGUCAAAACUCUUGGAGGAGGCGCAGGUUAGUGGCUUUGUUUAUUGUCGAUUUUAAAAUGUAUAAACAAUUCUUGUAGUGAAGUGUUAAGAAAGCUUUAUAGUUUGUAAUAGUUUUUGUGGGAAUAUUUGUUCCUUAUUAUUAUAUAGUUGUAAUUAACUAGGUUUUAUAAUGUUGAUGAGAAUUGGCUGGUUAAUUAUUAAAAUGUAUGAUUAAAGGUCGCUAUGUAAACGUGGCAUAUAUAUAUACUGCACAACACACAAGUUUUAUUAGUCCAUUUAGGGUUCAAAUUUUAUUUCAUAAAACUGUUGUUAGAUGGGUAAAUUUUGUUAAUAAAUUUAUAAAUUCCUUGCCAGAAUGUAUGGACAUAUAAAAUUAGACUGUUUAAAUUGUAUUAAUAGAAUUUAUUUGCACAUGGAUGUAAAAAAUGUGCUAAGGUUAUUAAAAGAAGGGUAGAGUGGAGCCCAUACAUUUACAGUCCUGUUAAGGUGGAUUUCCAGUCAGUGCAAAAUGUUGCGUGAUCGACUUUUUGUGCUUUCUUUUUGAAAUACAAACAGUCAAGCGAAACAAAUGUCAUUAGCUGUAGUUGACUGCACACAUUUCAAAAGAAAGUGAUCACAAAAAAUCAAUUGUGCAACAUUUUGCACUGAAUGGAAAUCUGCCUUUAGGGUGGGUAUGCAUGUCACUUAUCUGAUUUCCAACAUGGACAUCAGAUUGUAGAGCUAGGGCAUAAUAAUCCCUGAGCAAUCUUAAUGUUUGACUAAUUUCUUUUCAUUCCUUGCAGUGACUGUCAUUAGUGGCUUGCUAAUGUUUCUGCUCUUUGUAUCUGAACUGAGCUACUAUUUAUCAGUUGAUGUAAGUUUAUAAUCUCUCUUAAGAGGGUCUUAAUGGGGGUCUUUGGGUGUCAGUUGUCAGAUAAAAUUUAAGCCAGUUGUCAGUGGGAUAUAUUGCAAGCUGUCAGUAGUCAGUUACUGGAAAAUGCUGACUCGUCAUUUUUUCAUCAUUUCUCAGUUGUCAGUUAGGAUAUUUUGUCAGUUGUCAGUCAAAAAUUCAGGCAAAUGUCAGUAGUCUGUUAACCCUGUUAAGACCCUCUCUUAACUCAGUAAGAAAUUGCAUCUUAAUGCACCUUACUUUUAUAUUCAUGCGGGACGAUUUUACUCCUCAAAGGGAGAGCACUGGUGCUCAAUAUGUUAAGAGAAAUUGCACACCCACGUGACAGCACCCACUUGUUGGAAAAUCUUAAUACUUUGGUUACAUAGUACAUACAUACACCACUCAGCUCACUCCCUAUUGCGGCUUUUCAGUGACCGAUUACAUCACAUAUUAUGCUUACUUAUAUUACUUGCCAGACUCUUUAUCUUUACAACAAUUGUGAUAUUACUAAUUCUUAACUGUGUUUAUCCUAACCCACCCUGUCAACUUUCCCUGUGGGAGGAAACCCACGACUUUCAGCAGAGUGUUGACACACUCUUUUCACAUGAGUCCACCCACUUGCCCCCCCCCCUGACCAUUGAUUUUUGAUAGAUUCCCAAACAUAAAUGAUGUUGUGUUCUAGGUCUCUCCUGAACUGUUUGUUGAUACAGCGCGAGAUCAGAAAACAAGAAUCAACAUGGCAGUUUAUUUUCCUAAGUUACCUUGUGUUUGUAAGUAAUUUCAGGUUUCCACUCGAGUACUUAAUUAACUACUGUAAAUUAUUCAGGGUGGAUCCAGCAUGAUCUGGUACGGGGGGUGCUCUUCCAGCUCUGGUGCCGAGUUGUGUCAGUCAUGUGUGCCGCCCGCCCAUCAACUUGACUACUGCACUAAGUCUUGCUUGACUACUGUAUUUGAAUUGUAAUUGUUGUUCACAAUUUGCUUAUCAUCAUGUUAUUGCUCAAAUUACUGUAUCUCAUUUUGUCUCUAAUAAUUUUUUGCUUUAUCAUGAAAAAUAGCACCCCCCCCCUGCACCCCUCAGGUCAGGGCUAGGGGGGUGCACCCCCCCUCCCGGCACCCCCCAGUAAAUCCAUCCCUGAAAUUAUUCAUCUGCUCCAAAAUCCAGUUUCAACCAAGUGAAGUGCAGAGAAAAUCUUUCAAGAUAUUUUUCAAGAUAUUUUCAAGAUAUUUUCCCUGUUAUGAAAUUUUCAACUACACAGCCUCACUUAUAUAAGAGCUGUGUAGGAUGAUCAUAUGUGCACUUGCCUAAUUAAGAAGUAGGUCCCCUAAAGAUCUUUUCUUUGCUAGAUAUAAGCAUUGAUGCUAUGGACAUUUCUGGUGAACAGCAGGUAACAUGAUCUUAAGUACUGCAUCUUGGUUGAAGGAUUCAACUAUAUUUCCUAAUCUUUUUCAAGAAUGAGAAUGGAUAUACAUAUAAAACUGUUAUCAAUAUCUAACAUUCUUCAAACUUCAAUAAACCAGAUCGAUGUUGACCACAAUAUAUUCAAGAAGAGAAUGGAUGAACACGGGAACCCCAUUGACACUCACGAGGGGCAGAAGGAAGGUGUGUCAAUGUUCACAUGAAUUUGAUGUGAAAUUAAUACUAGGCAAAACAACGUAAUAAUCAACUUUAUAUCAACUAAUUUUGCGCAGGUUUGGGAGACAAGAGUGAGGAGGCCAAAGAAAUAUUGAAGGUAACAUUUUUUUCCAUUGAGAAGAGUUGAAUAUUGCCUUAUUGGAUCGGUGGUAAUUGGGGGAACGUCCAGAAAUUCAUCCAGAAAUCGUUCUUCUAGUAGUUGCGUCAUGUUCAUCUUUCAUUCUCAUCUAAAGUUUUUACAAUUCAAACAAUUUGUUCACGCACCUAGGGAUCAGAAUUGGAUUCCAAAUAAAAAUAGGUGAUGUUUUCCCCAAUAUUCUGAACAAAUAUUUUUAUAUUUAUAUAUUUCCAUGCAAGGGUACGAAAAAAUUUGUUAAUUGUAAUGUUUCUGACAUUGUUUCCCUGGCUAGCUUGCUAAGGACAGGUGUGAAAGUUGCUUUGGAGCAGAAACUAUUGAAAAACCGUAAGUUUAUCGUAGUCAUGCGUAAAUUCUAGCAGAAUCUGUAGAUAGCGUGUUCCAAGCUGUGAAAACAGAGCCUGAAUUGUGUCAUAUUAGGAAUAAAAUGUCCAUUUUCAACAUUUCCCAGAUGUUGUAACACGUGUGCCGAAGUGCAGGAUGCGUACCGCAGGAAAGGAUGGGCGUUAAAAGAUCCCGAUUCAGUUACUCAGGUAUUUUUAAAAGAAGACAACCUUCCUGAAAGUACGUGAUAUUGAGUGUAGACACUGCUCAAAAGAACGGGAGAUAGGCCUCCGGUCAACUUGAUUGUAGCUCUGUCAAAAUCUGUUUUUCACCGGUCAUUGACAAGGGAACAAACUAUUAGAAACUUGUUUCGAUACAUCAUAGUUUCAUGUUUUAAUUCAAGACAUCAGCAAUCACAUUGGAAGGCAUGAAAAUGUGGCCGGUCAAAAAUGACCGGUGAGGUAAAAAAGUGACCGGUUCAAGGGACAUUUUUGGCCCGUCAUUGUCCGUUGACCGGCCGUUAUUUUGAGCCCUGAGAAUAGAGCCUAAUUGAUGAUUCCUCUUAUUACGUUUUCGUAGCGCUUUGCAUUGUGGUUAUAGUGGUAUCACUGAUAAAGAUAGCGGCCUCGAAUGAAAAUAUUGAAUGUUUUCGCGAAAAUUUUGCUGUUGGCUAUCGCGCACCUGUCCCUAGCUUUUUUAAAAGUUCUUGCACGGGUCAGGACAAAAAAUAAGCCAUCUUGAAUAUCAGUGAUACCACUAUAACCACAAUGCAAAGCGGUACGAAAACGUAAUAAGGGGAAUCAUCAAUUGGUUUCAUGUAUGUGGCAUUAGUUGAAACUCAAUGACGAAAACGAGGCUCAAAAGCCAGGAUGACAUACUUUCCGGAAGUGUUUAUUCAAAAGAAGUCAUGCCUGAGUCCUCAGCUAUAGACCCAUUGCACAUGACGUCACAGCGCCAGUAACGAUGCAUCUGGAGGACAAAUUAGCAAUCUAUGCAUCAUUAAACUUUUGUAAACAAAGCAAAUUUUGUAAAACUUUAUAAUAAUUUUGUAUUAAAAUGGUUAAUUUUUGCACUGUAUGUGGUUGUUGUACCCGAACAUAUAUUGUUAGGGAGCAUCUGGAGGACACUCUAAGGAUUUGUGACGUCAGUGCAAUGGGUCUAUAUACACCAGUUGGCUGCCAUUUAAGAAAGAAGUGUAUUUGAUAUUUCUAGUGUUCUCGUGAAGGUUGGAAAGUGAAGUUGGAAUCUCAGAAAAACGAAGGUUGUGAAGUUCAUGGCUAUCUCGAGGUCACAAAGGUACACGCUUUCAACUCUUGCUUCAAAAUUCAGACCAGCACACCUAAACCACACUCUUUUGUCGUUUAGGUAGCAGGCAAUUUUCAUUUUGCUCCUGGAAAAAGUUUUCAACAACAGCAUAUACAUGGUAAGUUUAAAAUGUUUAUUGAGGCUUCAUUCCACGAGUGGUUUUCUUGGUAUACGCAGAAAAACGAGCUCUGCAAGAAAAAAGUUAUAGCUUUGCCUGUGAGUAGAAGUCAAUCUCGUACGAUGGCACUGGAAUGAGAUAGGUCUACAACCACCCUAGCCAUUCUCGUACCCAGAGCCCGUCUUACGCGCGGUGCGACGAGGGGCUCUGGCCAAAUCCAUAACCGGAUACCAUAAAAACAUGGUAAAAGAAUAUAUCUGGUAUUAGAACAAUAACCUUCGUUGUAGCCAAUCAGAUGGCAGUUUGAUAUGGAUUUGGCCAGCCCCCUCGUCGCGCUCCGUUGACCGCGCGUAAGAAGGGCUCUGGGUACGAGAAUGCCAGCCUAGCCUAACCCAGCCUGUAUUCCAGUCCACUACACCGCUAUAACAAUCCCAGACUAGUUCCUAGUCCUCUGUGCACGUUUUCCCGUGACGUCACCGAACCAUCCGACACAAUUUUUCGCGAAGAAUUUUGCCAUCGUGGAAUUAGGCCUUGAUGCACUCGCCCAUUUGUUUUUCAUUUCGAUAGCUAGCUUAUUAUAUACAAUUUAUUAUUAUUUAAACAUAAAAAUAACCAAAUUAAAACGUGCAUAUCGCGACAUCGUAAUUAUCAAUUAAAAGUUAAUUAUAAAACAUUUUAAAAUAUGUCAUUGCAUGAACGUAAUUACAUAUAAUUAGUUAAAUUGUUGCAGAUAAAUUGUCAAUUUUUGUGUUUUUAGUUGCACUGUUAAAGCUUAAAAAAUCAAAUAUUAUCACAAUAAAUAGUAAGUGUCGAAUCAUUAAACUAACCAUAAAUAAUUAAAAAUAAAUGGAAAUCUAACCAUACUAUUAAAUGAAAACCGUUUUAACUAAAUUGCACCUGUAAAAAUAAUCUGCCUAUAAAUGCUCUUGAGCCGCGUGCUUAAUAAAUUAAUAAAGGACAUUGGCAAUAAAAAAAAGUUUGUCUCAUUCAAAAGAACUCUUAAAAUUAUAUAUUAAACUCUAUUGCCGAUUUGUCAUAUCUUGCUUAGUUCUCGAAAUAUUUAGACCGAAAUGAACUAAACUAAUUUUUUAUUGCCAAUGUCGUUUAAGAUUAAAACUAACUUCAUGUUUGAAACUUUAUCUUUUUAGUGCAUGAUCUGCAACCAUUUGGUGGCCAACAGGUUAGGGAUAUUUUACUUCACUCGAGUGUGUGUCUGUGUGAAAUGGUAAAAAGAGGUUCUCGAUUAUUUUUCAAACAAAAUUUGAUUAUUUUGUAUAGUUUAAUCUCACUCAUCACAUAAAGCAUUUAUCAUUUGGUGAAAAAUACCCAGGAAUUAAAAAUCCUUUGGACGGCACUCUUGUUAUUGCAGAUAAAAGUAAGUUUUUCACUCUGUUUAACACCAGACGAUUUCACUCUUCAAGGGGGAAAGAUGAAUCAUGCAUUAUAGACAGGGGGUUAUACUACGAUACCAAUUUAUUCGAUAAAACUGUCUUUACGAUUCUUAGAAUGUUAUUAUUAAUUAUUCUUUGGAUAUUUGGGACUUUUUUCGGCAUAAAGGCCUGACUGCCCCCCCUGGUGAAAAAAUCCUGCAUACGGCCCUGCAAUUAAGACAAUAGAUAAUGAGAUGAUAAACCUCAUUAAGUUUCAUUAUCUAUUGUUUGAAUUGCAUUCGACGCGACCGAAAUUCGACGUAUAAAACAGGCCUUACUAAUCUUGGGUAAAUGUAGGCUACUUUAUACCCGUAUUUCAAUACAGAUUUUUUUCACACUUCAUUUUUAUACAAACAUAACCUUGCUUCAGAAAUUAUAGGGAUCAUUUAUUAUAUAAACAUAAGUGUUAUAUAGAGGUUUUGGCCACUGAGAAAAAUCGUAUUUAAACACACGUAAAAAAAUACGAUAUUUUUACGUGUGAAAAAUUUAUAUCAUUUGUUGUAAAACGCAUUGCGACGGACGUUUUAUUGUUUUUCACUGAAUUUUGUUUAUAUAAUAAAAUAUACCAGAUUUAUUUCUCGUGUUGAACGUGAUAUCUCACUCGUUCUCUGCGCUCACUCGUGAGGUAUCAUGUUCAACACUCGAAAUAUAAAUCUGGUAUUUCCGCGCACCCAUUAUUCUCUAUAUAUUUGACCGUUUACGAAUUUUCCCAGGUGGCAGUAUGUAUCAAUAUUUUGUCAAGAUUGUUCCAACUGUCUACAAGAAAUUGAAUGGCGAGGUAAUAGAUCACAUGAGAGUGUUUCUCUACAUUACGCCACGGUUGAGUUGCUCGGUCAGUAUAAGUCAUUGACUUUUUGUUAUUCCAGAUUGUACAUACGAAUCAGUUCAGUGUGACUAAACAUCGUCGGACAGUGAAACAAGUCACUGGUGCAAACGGUCUCCCUGGUAGGAAAUACUUUUCUUAUUCUGAAAACUGCCGAUUGAACGCUAUCCGCUGAAUGUAGUGCGCAUGCUUAGUUCAAUUACUAUAUGUGUACAAGGUGUCCACGGGCCUUGAAAAUCCUGGAAAGUCUUUGAACUGGAAACCAAAAAAUUCCAGGACUGGAAAUUCGUUGAAAAUCAGUAGAAGUCCUUGAAAGUCCUGGAAUUAAUUUCCUUAACCUCCAGCUGUGCCAACAUUAAUGAUUUUGAUUAAAAUUAUUGAAUAUUUGCUGGGCAAAUCCGUGCCAUUUUCAAAGAUUUUUCCAAGUUCUAGGUCCUUGAAUUUACUGAAAAAGGGCUUUGAAAGUCCUGGAAAGUCCUUGAAUUUCACCUUCACCAAAGGGUGGACACGCUGUGUAUAGCUUAGUUUGUUUUUCAGGUGUGUUUGUCUUGUAUGAGUUUUCUCCAAUGAUGGUUCAAUAUACAGAAAAAAGAAGGUAAUACCUAAGUUUGAACGUCUGUAUUUCUGUUUGUACUAUUUAAAACACGAGGAGGAGUGCUUUAUCACAUAUAAAACACGAGUGCGCAGUACGAGCGUUUUAUAUCUGAUAAAACACGAAUUGCGAGUGUUUUAAAUGGCUUAAAAAUCGACCCAUCUUAUGUGUUCAUUGGCAAAGAAAUUUUAAAAAUAAACGUCUAAGCCGAGAAAAUCAAAUCGAAGCUAAAGUUUAUGUAAAUGAACAUGAUUUUUUAUCACAUAUAAAACCUCCGACGCAGCAGUGAUUUCCUUUGUCUUUUUCGGCUCAUAAAUUAUCAAUGAGUCUUUUAAUAUAUAUCAUACAGACUUCGGUCGUAGAGAUGAAUGAUUAGGAAGAACUCAAGCGAUCUAGCAAUAUAUAUAUAUCAUAUCAAAUGACACUUUUGGUUAUCAAUCUAUUUUUCUACCUUAGAUCAUUCAUGCAUUUUCUCACUGGUGUAUGUGCAAUCAUUGGCGGAAUAUUUACGGGUAAGAACCAUAGAUAUCUUAUAUACACUAGAUAGCGCAUUUCUUUUAGUAAAAUUGAAGCCAAGAAUAUUCCAGCGGUUACCCCAUUUGAAUAGAUGUUUCCCACUCGCUAAUAAACGCUUAAAAAAACAAAAAACUUUUAUCAUUUGAAUAGUUUGAAAACGUAUGUGGAAUAGGUUUAACUUAAUGUUUAAGUUCCCUGUUUAAGAAAUAGAAAACAUACGAGUCUUCUCAUUUCAUGGGAAUAUCCUGAGUCUGCAAUCACGGCUUCAAUUUUUGAAUUGCAGAAUAAUUAGAUGCACUAUCUAGUGUAUAUAUAAGAUAUCUAUGGUAAGAACCGUUUUACAUUCAUUGCCAUCUAGUCAUGAUCCAGUGAUCAAAAUGGUCCAUCGUCUUUUCAUUGUUUUGAAAAUCCCUCAUUUCUCCAUGCUGUCCAGUUAUCCAAUGUUUUGACCCAUAUUUUUCUCGAUUUUCCUAUUGUAACACCAGUGUUGUUUUAAACCCUAGUGGCUGGUCUCGUUGAUUCGUUAAUUUAUCAUUCCUCGAAGGUCUUGAAAGAAAAAAUCGAACUUGGAAAAGCUGGAUAAUAGAGUUACAUCACGUGGGCUCCAGUUGUAUAAAGAGGUCAGGUAGAUUAGUGAAGAUAGCUUAUGUAUAAAACCUAACUCUAUUUCCUUGUUAAAUUCUUGUAACGAAAGUUACGGUGAUUGAGGCUAUUUAAUCUUAUCGCCUGAAAGGCUAAAUGAUGUAUAAAUUUGUCCAUUUUAUCCAGUGAUGAAAAUGUGGGUUGCAAACCAAUCUAGUGAGAUCCGUAGGCAUCUGCUAUGGUUUGUGUCUGAACUGUCUGAAAAAAUUGAAAACACUUCGCCUCAAGUGGUCAUAUGUUUUAAAGGCACAGUUCAGCCUUUUGAACGAUGGUUUUUAAGGCGCAUUUCAGCCCUUUUAAUUGAAAAAACUAACUAGGAAAAUCAAUUAUACACAAUUCAAGGUCAGUAAACUCAAUAUUUUUAACAAUAAAAAUGUUUUAAAAUGUUAAAAACAUAAAGUUUGCUGAUCUUGAAUUGCGCCUUAAAAACCAUCGUUCAAAAGGCCGAACUGUGCCUUUAAAGGCAACGUAACUUUUCUAACGUCUGGACGAGAAGGGUCUCUAUUCAAAAGUCAAAACGUCAAAAACAAAGUGCUUUUAGUCUUUCUCACAUAGUUCAGACACAAAUGGCGGCACCCUUAAUUUCUGCUUUUCUCAACGCAUUUAAGACAUUUAACGUCUCCAGUACAGAAACAUAUAAAAUAAAAGAAAUGAAACAUAUUUUGAACAGCAACAAUACAAAAUGUGUGUACAUAUAGACAUAACUAAAUCAACUAUAUUUUAGUUUAACAGUUCAUAUGAAAAAAUCCCACAUUCCAAAUUACUCCAGGUUCGCUAUGGGCAAGAGUGCUGAUUUUAAAUCUUGAAAUAAAUUAUUACUGCUAUGAUUACAAUUGUUCAUCCAUACUUUAAUCUCCUUGGGCCAACUCGAAUCAAGAAUGAGCUUUUUCACUGGUUCGAUAGUUUUGGCACAUGCGACCAGGUUUUGAAGAGAUAAAAACCAAAGUUCAGAGAUAUCAUUCCAAUGAAUAAGUGGAUUGCUUUCGUCUGCGCUUACUGAUAAAUGGACUUGUUUUAGGAAGUUGAUGCUAUUUAAAAUAAAGUCAUUCUGAAUAACGGUUAAUUGUGGAGUGUUUAACUUGAAUCUAUGCCUGAACAGUAUCAGGCCAAGCAGUCCAAAAUGUGCUGUUAGCGUUGUAGAGUUUGCGUCAACCAUUUUCGGAACUGCAUUCAUAAUUGACUCCAAGAUGUCUCCAAACUCUUGACUUGUUUUAACCAACUCAACCUCCAAGACUGAGACAUUUAAGAAGACAUUGCAGAGGGUAAUCAAAUAGGAAGGGUAGUCGACUCUUUCUACUUGUUGUGCUUGCCAGAGUGUGUUAAAGAGGUUUGCAAGCAGAACGUGACAAUCUUCUUUGACAAGGAUCGCACAGAAUGAUUCGUCGGCAGAAAGGUGGCAGAGUGGAGGUAAGAGACAGAGCAGGAUGUUGUUUGGAGUCGAGUCAUUUGUAGGAAGGUUGUCUUCACCUGGAGGUGGAUAAAAGGAGGGUAAAAUUAGGCGUUA